CGCCGGCAACGCAUCAUUCGCGGCCUUCCUUCUGCUUGGCGACAACUUACUCUUCAGGAGAGGAAAAAGGCGUGAUUGGUCCCGAAGUCUUCACCAAUCGGUUGCGCUCAAGCGGUCGUCGGCAUCGGAGAUCGCACAGCGGGGAAUGUAACUAAGAGCCUGGGAAGCGCCCGAGGGCUCCUUGGGGAAUCUCUUUGGAAAGGCAAAGCCUGGAUCGCGGCCGCCGUCCCGCCUCUGGUCGCUACUGCAACUUUCCCCAUCGGCUGCCGGAGGAUGAGGAGGACGCCGCGGCGCUUCCUUUCCACCUGCUGGGUGGCUGUGCUGGGCGCCGCCACCCUGUGCUGCUGGGCGCGCCUGGUGGCCUCUUCAGAAAAUACUGCCUUCACCAUCCGCCAUGAAGAAGCCAAUAAGUGCAUCCAAGUUAAAAACCAGCAGAUAAUAGCAGGAGAUUGCCAAGAGACAAAAGAGAACUUAUGGACGUGGGUCUCCAAACAUCGCCUUUUUAAUUUGGGAUCCCAAAAGUGCCUUGGAUUGGAUACCACCAAAUCCCAGAAUUCCUUGAAAAUAGUGAAUUGUGACUCAGACAUUACACUGUGGUGGCGAUGUGCUGAUGCCUCAAUACUUACUGAAUCUGAGAAGAAGCUGACCUUAAAGAAUGGAAUUGUGUCUACAAGCAUAGACUCUUCCGAUAUCUGGCGAAGAAGCAAUUCCAGCGAUUUUAUUUGUAAACUUCCAUACCAUGUGAUUUAUACUAGGGAUGGGAAUUCCAAUGGAAAGUCAUGUGAGUUCCCUUUCCUGAUGAAUAAGACUUGGCAUCAUGACUGCAUACGUAAUGAAAUGUUCAAGGAUGGUGAAUGGUGUUCCACAACAUCCAAUUUUGAUCGAGAUGGAAAAUGGGGUGUCUGCUUAAAACAAGAGGAGGGUUGUCAAAAUACAUGGGAGUAUGAUGCAGUUUCUGGAAGCUGCUACCAGAUAAAUACACAGGCUCCCCUUUCCUGGAAAGCAGCAUAUGUAUCAUGUCAGAGACAAGGUGGAGAUUUGCUGAGCAUCACUAGUGCAUCUGAGUUACACUACUUUCAAGCUAAUGAAGACGUUGCAGACAUGUUUUGGAUUGGAUUAAACCAACUGGAUAAUUUUGGAGGCUGGCAGUGGUCAGAUCAUACACCAUUGAACUUCGUUAGUUGGAGUCCAGAGAUGCAGGAUUCAUCUCCACUAGAUGGAACUGACUGUGUAACUAUGAAUGCUGACGAUGGUGACUGGAAGAGUUAUGCUUGUGAAACUGUACUUCCUUAUGUCUGUAAGAAACCAUUCAACAGUACUAAGCCAGUGUUUCCAGAAGUUCAGAACUAUGCGGAGACCGAGUGUGAAUCUAGCUGGUUUCCUCACAAUGGAUUUUGCUAUAUGCCAAUGAACACCUCUGCUUCCUGGAAAGCUGCAUAUCACUCGUGCAAUGCAAGCAAUAGCAACCUAAUGAGCAUACAUUCCUUAGCAGAUGUUGAGUUAGUUGUUACAAAACUCCAUAAAGAAACAAAAGACAAAGUGUGGACAGGGUUCAUGAAUGAGGAUGCUCCAGCCUUGUUUAAGUGGUCCGAUGGUUCCAAAGUGGUGUUUACUUUCUGGGAUCAGAAUGAGCCCAAAAUCCCUUUCAACAGCACUUCCAACUGUGUAGCCUAUUCAGGACAGUUGGGUCGAUGGAAUGUCUUACCUUGUGAUGAAAAACUUAAAUAUGUAUGCAUGAAAAAAGGAAAGGUUUUGGAUGAGUCAAAAUCUGGUAAAGAUUGUCCUUCAAAAGGGGAAUGGAAGAAGCAUGGAGAUUUUUGUUACCAUAUUGAAGCAAAUGAAGUAUCAUUUGGGAAAAUAUGCAAUCUCACUAUAACAAACAGAUUUGAACAAGAAUUCAUAAACAGUUUGAUUAGAAAGCACAGCAAAACUGAAGGAAAGUACUUCUGGACUGGCUUGCAAGAUGCCGAUUCUUCAGGAGAGUAUACUUGGGGAACUGUCGAUGGAAAUACUGAAAUGUUAACAUACACAAACUGGGGAAGUUUUCAACCAGACCUGCGUGGAGGAUGUGUGGCUAUGUCAAGUGGAGUGAAUCUUGGAAAAUGGGAAGUCAAGAAUUGCAAAGCAUUUAAAGCUUACUCUAUUUGCAAGAAAUACAUUGGGCCAAAAAGAACACCAGAUGCACCCCCUAAAGUCACUGACCCUUGCCCUGAAGGGUGGCACAGAGGAUCAGGUCUUGCCUGUUAUAAGUUCUUUCAUAAGGAAAGAGUGCUGAGAACCAGAACAUGGGAAGAAGCAGAGAGAUUUUGUGAGGCUCUGGGAGGACAUCUUCCUAGUUUUAGCCACUUAGAUGAGAUGAAGGAGUUCCAUACGAUACUGAGAGAAAUCAUCAGUGAUGACAGAUGGGUCUGGGUUGGGCUGAAUAAGAGGAAUCCAGAAUCUCUAGGAUCGUGGCAGUGGAGUGACAAUAAGCCUAUGUCUACUGCUGUAAUGCCGCCUGAUUUUAGAGAAGAUGAUUACGAAACUAGAGACUGUGCAGCCAUCAAGACUCUUAGAGCAAUACGGCGAUCAGUGUGGUCUUUUUAUAAUUUUGAUGGCAGAGAAGAGGAUUUCUACUUAAAACCUUUCCAUUGUGAUGCAAAACUUGAAUGGGUAUGCCAGAUCACUAAAGGAAGUACUCUGAACAUACCAGAAUGGUAUAAACCAGAUGAAGUUGGAAUUCAUGGGCCAGCACUGAAUAUUGAUGGGUCUGAAUUCUGGUUUGUGCCAAAUAAGAACUUGAGCUAUCAAGAAGCAGCUGCAUACUGUGCUAAGAAUGGAAGUGACUUGGCUUCUGUGACCUCUUUCAUAGCACUAACGGGAAUUCUGAACAGAAUAGCAAAUUUAUCAAAUGAGAAGCAGAGUUGGUGGCUGAAAUACAUACCUCCUGCACGCUAUCAUUCAUUUUAUUCAGUGUUUUCAUACUAUCGUGAACGACACUUCAGGGAUUGUUGGCAUGUUUCUUAUCAAAGCUGGUACAGAGACAACACAAUAAGCUGCACUACGAAACUCCCUUUCAUUUGUGAGAAAUACAAUACAUCGCUAUUGGAGACUCAUGAUCCCAGUUAUAAACCACCUCAGGGAAAAUGCCCUAAAAACUGGCAUGUAUUUCUGGAUAAGUGUUUUCAACUGGUGCCUCCUCGGGAUUUAAAUUUUAAAGAAGCAAAUGAACAUUGUCAGUCGUUUCAGGGCUUCCUUCCGUCAAUCAAAACCCAAGCCGAACAAGAUUUUAUAACAUCCUUGCUUCCUGAACUGCCUCAAAAUAUUUGGAUUGGUUUGCGCUUUCAGGUUCACACACGUGAAAACAAGUGGGGAGAUGGCAGUGCCUUAGAAUACAGCAAUUUCCACCCAUUGCUUCAAGGAAGGCUAAGGAAGAUUGAACUUGAUUUAUUUGAUGAGGAAGCGAACAACCAGUGUGGUGUUUUGCUCAACAAUCCCAAGUCAUCCUAUAUUGGAACUUGGAAUUUCACAUCAUGUGCUGAUACCAAGACUGUUGCCAUAUGCCAAAUGAAUCCAGAGGGUGUAGAAAACCAGACACAGCAAGUGCUUAAUGUCACUGAGAAAUAUCUAAAUGUCACAUACACCAUAAUUCUGAAGAACCUGACGUGGUUCGCUGCACACCAGGAGUGCCUGCAGAAUAAUAUGCAGCUGGUUAGCAUCACAGAACAAUACCAGCAAGCUUUCCUCGCUGCUCGGGCUGCCAGUCAUGAUUACCCACUGUGGAUUGGUCUCUCCAGCGAAGACGAUGGAAUACAUUACCACUGGUCUGAUAAAAAACAUAUUAGUUUCAGUCACUGGUCCGAAGAAGAUGGAGAUUUACUUGACAGUUGUGUAUAUUUGGAUACCGAUGGAUUCUGGAAAACAGCUGAUUGUAACACAGAAAAACCAGGAACAGUUUGCUACUUGCCAGGAAAUGAAACUACAAAAUCAGAAGUACAUUAUGACUCUAUUAAAUGUCCACAUAAGAUCAAGAAUACACCAUGGAUAGCUUUUCAGAACAGUUGUUACACGUUCAUAAUAACAAAAGAUAGAUGGAAAGGACUGAAAUCGGAUGAAGCUCACCACUUAUGUAGGAUGAUGAAUCCAAAUGCCUAUCUCUUGAAUAUCAGAAAUGAAGAUGAAAAUGAUUUUGUUGUUGAGCACCUUAACACUUUCAGCGGCCUGGCCCAGUGGCUGUGGUUGGGUCUGAUUUAUGGGGCUGAUGAUAACGUUCUAAAGUGGUCUGAUGAUACACACCUUUCAUACAAUAACUGGAGAAUGGGAAGACCUUAUAUAAAGAACAAUCAUUUUGUUGCUGGUGUUAGCCUGGAUGGUUUUUGGGAUAUCUACAAUCACGCUGAUACUUGGGUACCCCUUCAAUUCAGUUUACACAGUGUCCUUGUCUGUAAAAUAGAAAUGGAGCCCAAAGAGAACAAACCACCACUGCCUACGAUAAUACCCUAUAAAAACACCACAUACUGGAUUCUUCAAAAACAGCUCAGUUGGUACGAAGCAUGGAGUGAAUGCAAACAAAAUGGAAGAGAUUUAGCCAGCAUACACAGUGAAUCAGAACAAAUAUUUCUAGAAGAUGUUGUAAAGAGGGAUGGAUUUCCACUGUGGAUUGGUUUAUCCAGUCAUAACGGAAGUGAUUCUGAUUUUGAGUGGUCUGACAGAAGCCCAUUUGACUACCACCCUUGGGAAGAAGAGCAUUCACAUCCCCCUGGAAAUUGUUUUGUCCUGAACACUAAUGGAUUCUGGAAUCGUAUGGAAUGCACACGUCGUGUUGAUGGUGCUGUUUGCAACUCCCCUUCAAUGAAAAUGCACUCAAAGCAAACUGAAACUGCGACAAAAUGUCCACGUCGUACUGGUGGAUCAUCACAGUGGAUACAAUAUAAAGAUCAUUGCUACGCAUUUGAUAUGGAAUUUUACAAUUUCUCGGCAUAUUCUGUGGAUACUGCCAAAGAAGUCUGCAAGAAGCUUGAUCCUUCGGCAACACUUUUGACUAUCAAGGAUGCAGAGGAAAACAAGUUUGUGAGUACGCACUUAAAAGAAUAUUCUUUCUUCACUGGAAGAGUGUGGCUUGGAAUGCAGCAAAAGGCUCAGUCCUUGAACUGGCUUGAUGGCUCAGCAGUUAAUUACACUAACUGGGCAAAGGGAAAUGAAAAUGCUAAUGGUGAAUGCAGUGUUAUCUUUGCAACAAAUGGAACCUGGUCCAAGAUGGAGUGCAAGAAUGGCCCAAGCAGAGUUGUGUGCAAAGCUCCUCAAGUUACUAGUCAAAUGGGAGGGGCAAUAGCUGUUGCUGUUUUAAUUAUUGUGGGCCUCCUUGGUGGAUUGAUAUGGUUCCUGUAUAAAAAGAAACGACUUCACUGGGGUGGAUUCUCUUCAGUACGCUAUGAACGAGGGAUGUAUGAAGACGAAACUGAUACCAUGUUUACUAGAGAUGGUGACUGAAGAACCGUUCCUGCUGGUUUUAUUUAAACGUUUUCUGAAAUGGGCUAUUUUGGCAUCUUUUUAUAGGUUUUGCUUUGGCAAACCUAUACCAAUCAUCCUAAGUAGCGGGUAAAUUCUGACCUCUGGGUACUAUAUCUGUUUUUGUUCACUGUUCAUGGUUUCUUAACAGCAAACCCUUUCCCCCAAAUUUAAGAGAAAAAUGUGCCUAAUCUGCCUCAGCAACUAUUUAAACUCCAGUCAAAUAUGCACUUUCCUUGGUCUUUAAGAUUUGCACAUGCCUUGAGGUAUGGUGCAUGGUAUGAUCCUGAUGUUGAGAUUGGGACAUGCACCAUCUACCCAUGUGAAGUACAAUAGUAGACACCCAGAGAAUUGUUUGAAAUGUAAUUUAUUGAAUGCAAAAUCUAUAAUGUGACAGCUUGUAAUAUUAAACACACUCCAUUUUACUUAAGUUCUAAUGGGUACAGAGUUGUUGUUGUUGUUUAAAGCCUUCUGUUGAAAUGAUGGCCUUUUUCAAUUAAAAACUCCAAAGAUUCCUUCCAUCUUGGUCAAAGAUAGAAUUUUCACUUUGGUUCAGAGUUUUUAAUUAUCCUUAAAGCUUGACUCCUUAUUUUUAGUUGUUUUUAAUUACAACUACAAAAGUAUAACAAUUUACCAGACUGCAUUUUUCACAGGUUUUUAAAUUGAAUAAGCCAUAUACAUUAGAUAUGAAAGGAACAAGAAAAGCAGAAAUCAAGAGCUAAAUGAAAGGUUCAGACACCUAGCGUAAAUAGUUCUAUUAACUACCCCUGGAUUAGUGAGUGGAAGCUAGAGAAAGAUAAAUUGUGCUGCAUGUUGAGAAUGUUUGACAUUUGUGCUUAUUCUUAUUACUUUUGCCGUACUUGGGUGGUCCAAAAGAGAUACUAGCCUUUUCUUUUAAUAUAUUAAAUACAUUGACUGGAAACUAAAUAGGCUCAGGUCAAAACAUUUCCAUUAUGCUCAUAUUAGAGCUUCCAUAAUUUUUCCUCUGAUUACAGCUCCUUGCACUACAUUGGAUUGGAUGAUUUCCCUCCCUUUCCAUGCUGUUACAGAUCCUUUGUAUUAUUCUUUGCUAUUAUGAAGGAAAUCACCUGAUUUCAUGUGGUGAGGUUCUGUGCCCGAACUACUCAACAUGUGGUGACAUGGAGCAAUUUAAACCAGCCUCCACAUUGUGGUUACACAGUGUCACUCAACCAUUAGUGAGGUUUAGAAUUAUAUACGCUGCUUAUAACUUGAAGUGGAACACUACCAUUUUCUCUUAUUUCAAGUCAACAUAAAGAACAGUCUUCAUUCUUACUGUAAUUCCCUUCAUAUAACAAGAAUACACCCGGGAAAUACUUAACCAAGUGUUCUAAUACUACUGAUUUUUUUUUUUUAAGAAAUGCUGUCAAAGAUAAUAGUAAAAAAAAAGAUUAGUUUACUGCUAAGUUAACUCAUUAAAAGGUGGUGGAUGUGCAUAUUUUGAACUGUCUUGAUACGCAGACUGAUAAAUUAUGGCUUUUAAAUACUGUGCCCAUGAUCCAGAGUCCCACAUAGGCAGGAGCUUCCCAUUUCAUACAUGAGCGGAAAUGCGCUUUGCAUGCAGUUAGAAAAGAAAUGCACUCUGCAUACAUGUCAGAUUUCUUCUCCUUUUUUCAAAGCUAGAACAUUUUACAUGAUAAUAUAUACACAAAUAAGCCCUUGUCUGUAGUUCUUCCGGACUGGUAUCAAUCUCUCUUCCUGCUUUUAAUCUCUCUUCUUUUCUUGGGGUCUUUCUGUAUGAUCAUUUAAAAUAUGCCACUUUUGCAUUUUAGCCAUUGCAGGAUAUUCCCACAACUAACUUUUCAGUGACAAAUAGUACAAUAAUCUGUAUGUGCAUAAUAAGGGAAGGGGAGGAGCUGUGAGAGGAGCAGUAGUUGUCCAACUUGGAUACAUGUGUGCUCCAGAUCAGAACUCGUAAGUGACCAAAUAAAAAUCCCAAACUAAAAUGAAAGCUUCACAAAAUGGAAGAAGUAUGGAGAGGGCAGAGACAUACCUGAACUCUACCUAUGUCACAAACAUAAUCCAAGAGCUGCCCAUGACACUUGCACAACAGCAUCACACAUAGGAGUUGCAUGGAUUGUAUCCAAUGUUAGUCUUAUUUAAGUAUCAUUCAUUUGAAUGGGUGUACUCUGAGUAGGAUUAACAUUAGUACAACGUAGUAGCUGUGUGUUAGCUGGGGACAGCACUGGAGUUACCAAGGUACCAAAUAUUGUUCUUUGAAUAGUUGGAAAUUAUGGUAACCUUCCAACAAAUGUGCUUCUCCCAAGGGACUGUGAGCAAGCAGUGGGUAAAAGAAUGUUUAUUGUGCAAAAACUGCAGGAAGGUCCAUAAUGUAGUGCCUAUAAGAGUAGCCCAGGUGGGACUGCUGAAUAAUAGUGUUGCACAUGUAUAUAUAUCCACAGUCAGAGAAAAAUGCACUUUGCCUUUGUUGAAAGCAUGCUUUAGAUAACUGAAAUGCCCUUACACUGCAGCAGAAUGUGGAAUUUUACCCCAUGCAUUGCUCUUUUGUGGAUGCAGUAGCAACCAAGGUUUGGGGUAAUUUUCAAUUCUCUAAAUAGAUGUGCUCAACAUUACUGAAUUUAUGACUAUUUGCACUCAUGAGCUUAUUUUGAUGUGAAUCUACAAAGUUUAUUUUAAAUAUAUUAUCAGGAUUGUUCAAUUAUGCAAGGUAUAGAUAAAUAUGAACAAAAAACUCCAGUGUUUCUAUAAUAUGUUUAUUUGUAUAAUAUUCUGAAAGAUAUAAAUUUUGUAAAUGAUGUUUUUAAUUGUGUGGAGUUUGUGUGGGUGCCCCCCACCAAAAACAGUUCUUGAACAUGUUGCGAAAUGUCAUGUGAAUUAAUACAAAUGCCUUACUAUAUCUAAUUAGCUCUAUCGUUGAGAGUUCACAACAAAGCCUACCUGUGGUAUUAGAAAUAGCAAUAGAUUUAUAGAAAGUUUCAAGGGUUGUUGCUAAGUAAGAUUUGUAUUUGAGAGAAAAUUAAGUUUACUUGAUCCUUUUCACCUUAUUAAAAUGUUUUUGUAUUCAGUAUUUAAAGAAAUCAAAAAAAUGUCAAUGUUAAUAAAGCUAAAAAAGACUUGUA